GAGGGAGGGAGGGCUGUUUUUGAGUGUGUGUGUGUGGCUGAGAAAUGAGAGGGAGGGAGGGAGGAGGGAGGAGGAGGGUACUGAGCUGAGAGAAAUCUGUCAGAUUCAAACACACUGCUCUGUGUGUGUGUGAGAUAGAGAGAACGAGGGAUGAGAAGAGAGGAGGAGAGCUGAGGAACAGAUAGAAAGAGACAGCAGAGGACCACAAAGUGAGGCCAGUUCACCUAUGGAUCAGCUUUCACAUCAGAAACCUAAGGGAUUCCACGAACAAAUCGACCAGAACGACAUCCCCGCAGAGCGCAGCCGAUCAACACUGAUGCCGAUGCGCUGCACGCAGCUGUAGAGCGGCAAGGCCAAAGGGGUCAGGGGUGAAAGGUCACAGACGACAGAGCCGGAGCAAGGCACUGAGGUCGAAAGGUUUCAGGAGGGGAGAUCGAAGAACCAGGGUUCAGGACAGAAGGUCUCAGUGACAGACGACAGUCAAGAGGUCAAAGAUGAUGACAUCGCAUGUAAAGCUGAGGAGGGAGAAGGGGAGUCUGGCCGAGUACGAAUCGCAGAUGAAAGACCUGCGGGCCCAGCUCACGGACCAGAUAAAGAUUUUAGACUCUCAGGUGGAGGUGAAACAGCAGCAGCUCUCUGACCUCUCUGAGUUUCUCCGGCGCAGAGGCGACAUUGAGGCUGAAUAUGCGCGUGCCCUCGACAAACUCACCGAGCGAUACACCCACAAGACUAAGAAGAAGGAGCAGUGGGGUCAGUCAGUGUGUCAGGUCUGGUCCGUUUUGCUGACUCAGACUCGUCUGGAGAGCCGGGAACAUGCAGCUCUGGGUGACACCUGCUGCAACACACUCACACAGCGGUUGGCACACAGUACGGAAGACACACACCGUCUGCACAAACGGAGCAAAGAAGUUGGCAUCCAGAUGCAGGAUGAGUUGCUGAAGGUCACCACUGAAAUGCAGACGGCUCUGAAGACGUAUAACCAGUACCACACAGACUGUCUGAUAGCUGAAGGGAAACUCAAGGAAGCUGAGCGGUUGGAGGAGAGACACACCGGCAAGUCGGCUGAGCUCGGCCCCGGCCAAUCGGGAGGGCAGAGGCGGAGCUCCGUCAAGAAGAUGGAGAGAUUAAUGGAGAAAAGGCAUGGCAGAGUGCAGGAGAACCAGCUGAAGUGUACCAAGGCUCGUAAUGACUACCUGCUGAAUCUAGCAGCAGCCAAUGCAGCCAUGAACAAGUACUACCUGCAGGACAUCAGCACUCUCAUCGACUGCUGCGACCUGGGUUUCCAUCUGUCUGUGGAGAGGGUGAUGAAGUGCUACAUGGCCAGUAGGUGGCGCAUCCAGAAGACAGAAGAGUCAGGUCUUAAGCAGCUGGAGGCUGCUGUUACGUCCCUGGACCACGGUGGAGACAGAGAUGCGUUGCUACAGCAACAUGAUGCCGCUUUCUGCCUUCCAUUCAGAUUCAGCUACCAUCCACAUGAGGGAGACCAGGUGUGUGAGGUGAGUGCGGAGAGCCAGGUGAGAUACGAGCUGGAGACCAGGUUCCAGCAGCUUCAGUCUCGACUCGCUGCCGUUACCUUGGAAACAGAGGAGGUCAGUAAAACACUUAAAGCCACGCUGACAGCGCUGCUGGACAACAUGUGUGAGAGCGACUGUAACCCCUCCCCCGACGUGCCCACCAGCCUAUCAAAUGAGCCACCUGGAGGAAGCACCGCCCCAAAACUUGCCCUCGCCAAGCGUCGAGCCAAUCAACAGGAGACAGAGAUCUACUACUUUACAAAAGUGAAGGACUUCCUCAUCAGCAGUUCGAUGACCUUCAAACUUCAAGCCAAACAUGACCUUCUACAAGAUGCCAUACAGAAAGCUGAGGCCGUCGACAGUGACCCUUCCAGAAUGCAAUGUGCUCGGUCAGUGCGUGUUCGGAAGUCCAGACCUGUUUCCCAAUUCUGCCACAAACUCUUCACCACAGACAUACUCUCCUACAUACAGAGCUCUGGGCAGCAGAUUCCUGUGGUGGUUGAGAGCUGCAUCCGUUUCAUAAACCUUCAUGGCCUCCACCAUGAAGGGAUAUUCAGAGUUCCCGGGUCACAGAGGGAGGUUAACCACAUCCGAGAUGCAUUUGAGAGAGGAGAGGAUCCUCUGUCAGACAGCGAGUGUGACCUGGACUCUGUGGCCGGUGUGUUGAAGCUGUACUUCAGAGGUCUGGAGCCUCCUCUCUUCCCUUACGACAGCUACGCUCAGCUGCUGGAGUGUGGCCAAAUCGAGGGGGUGACAGAGAAAGCCGCCCAGAUUAAAGCGGUUAUCUCCACCUUCCCCCGGCCUCUCCUCAUCGUGAUACGCUACCUUUUCGCUUUCCUCAAUCAUGUGUCUCAGUACAGCGAUGAGAAUAUGAUGCAGCCCUACAACCUGGCCGUUUGCUUCGGUCCGAGCCUGCUGAGGGUGUUGGAUUCUGAUGAUGCUGUUGCUAGGCAGCCACAGGUCAAUGAUCUUGUCAAAACCAUGAUCCUCCAACAUGACAUCAUCUACCCCGGCCAAUCAGAACUGCCGGGCCCCGUCUACGAGAAGCACAUGACUCUGGAGCAGGAGUACUGUGAACCAAUCACAGAGGAGGGUGAUGGAGAGACUGAACAUUUGCCCAGUGAGGACGAGUGGGAGGCGGUGGCUAUGUUUGACUAUGCGGCGAGAUCUCCAGCCGAGCUGACCUUCAAGCAAGGAGAGAUUCUCAUUCUUCACAGCAAGGCCUCCUGUGAUUGGUGGAGAGGCGAAGUGGGAGGGGUUAAAGGUCUCAUCCCCCACAAGUACAUCAGCGUGCUGGAAGGAUCAGAGCGAGGGAAACGAGAGGACGGAGGAGGAGGCGGCAGCACUGGAAACCUGACAGCAGAAGAUCCACAGACUGAGAACACAACUCGGAUGCGGGUGAACAGCGACAGCGCUUCGUUGCCUGGGAGACAGAGAGGAAAUGAGGGGAGCCCCAAUCGAAAGCCGCCAACCUCUCCAGCCGCACGACACCUGCCAGUGUCUCAGGAGCGAAGACACACUUUGGACACUGUGAGACAGGCCGGUUUCAGACCCCCAGACAGACCUCCAUUUGGUCCAGCUGCUGACAGACAACCAGUCGACAAGGAUGUAAUCAGCCGUCAGAUGAACUCGGUGUUCAAGGAGCUCCUGUCUCGCCAGCCCACCGCGCCGCCGUCCGCCCUCCCCACCCCUGCCGCCUCUGCCACCCCUGCUCCCUCUUCCUCCUCCUCCUCUUCCUCUCUUCCUCAAGCUGCCCCCGUUACCAAAAAAGUAGGAUUUGGCCUCAGAGGACGGACCCUCUUCAGACCGGUGGACUAAGAGAGAGGAGAGGAUGAGUGGAAUUAUUGAUUUAUUGUUUAAAAAAUAAUGGUUAUGCUGAUGACGCUGAUACAUUUGGGGAAGAUCUUGAUUUAUUUUUUUGACAUUUGUAUAAUAUUUGCGUCUCUGCCAUCUCAUAGUGCCACUAGUCUUGGUGCCGUGUUACUGUACGUCCAGUGUGUCUGUUUUCUAGCUGGUUUUGGUCUUUUUAUGUUCCGGUCUGUUUUUGUUCUCCAGGCUUUUGUAAUUUUUUGGAGAAUCAGGGAUGUGACAUCACCAGACUGACUUUUUAAAGUGGUUGCCAUGACACUUACAACAACAAUAAGAUACUUAUGCUGCCCCCUAGUGGCAUAUUUGAGAGAUCAGCAGCUCACCCUUAUAAUGUUUGCUUCAUUUUAGAAAAGAAAACUGAUCUGGGGCCUGAGUGCCUUCACGUCUUUUACUCUUCACAUUGAUUUCACUUGAAGAGAUCAGAAAGGUUUGACUCUGUAUAUUAUGUUUCAAAAAGUAACGAGAUCUAGGAAGGUGUUUAUGGAACCCCAAAGUGUUCAAUACUAAAUAAGACAUUAUGAAAUAUGAAUAAACUGUGUAAAAUAUAUAAUUGAACCAACAUUUUGAGAAAUAAUUGAGGAAAUUGUUAAAAAUGUUAUUUCAUCAUUAUUUUUAUAAUAACAUAAUUUCAUUGGAAAUCAUUCAUUAUAAACAUGCUUAUAUCAAAAUGCCCUUAUUUCAUAAUGACAUUUUUUAUUUCAUGUCACUUUUCAUGUGUAGUCACCUUUCAUCCAAUCACAUGCCCCCCUGUCUCUUAAAGGUUCUCUAUACCUGAUUCAGAGUAUUAAUAUAGCAGCCAAUAACAACAAACUAAAAACAAAACUUUCUUACAUUCGUCAUAUAGAGAUAAAGGUACAUAGACACAUGAAAUUUGACCUCUGCAUCAACCCAGCAUUGUAGGAGCAGUGAGCUGCCAGGGGAGACACUUGGGGACACUUGGACAUGCAGACAGGAUUAUCCAGGGAUCAAACAGCUGACCUCGUGAUUCAAGGAUGACCUGCUCAACCCACUGAGCUACAGCCAUCUUAAUGUCUAUGUAAAUAUAUAGAAGAGUAAUGUCUACCUGAGCAGAGAAUGAAGUCUCUCUCCCUCUUUGUGUGCAGUAAUCAGAGCUUCUCUGUGCUUUGUUGACAUAGCCGGCCUGCCAUGCAUGUUUUUAGUGCAUGUUGUGAAGUGAAGACCUAUGCGAGCGCGCCCCGCUGAUAACGCCGCCCCGACCGACAGCGUCAUCACAGAAGCGUAGCGCCCAUCCUCCAGUUCCUCCCCAGGUUAACACUGUUAGCUCUGUUGCUGUUGUUUGCACUGUUAGCGCUGUUAGCACCGUUAGCUGCAAAACGCCAGCUCAGCUGUCGCCAUGUCGAGAGCUGUGUGGA